ACAAACGAGCAUCGUAAAAGUUCACAUGUAGGUUAUACAUAUAUAUCUGCAGCAUCCAACAAUAACGUAUAUAUAAACCCCAACACAAGCUCGCUUUUACAUCGCAUUAAAAUAAUCUUCUUAUUCGUCAUACUGAGCAAUGUUUUGUUUAUGUUCACGAACGCGUAUGGAUUGUUGCAUGAUAAGGUAAAAUAUAUAAUUCUCAAUAUAUGAAUCGCCUCAGAUCUUCUUCGAUAGACCGUGUCCAACACACUGAACAUGAGAAUGUAUAGUUGACACCAACCAAUGAUGGGUUUGUUAGUCGUGAGUUCAAUUGAUUUGUUUGUUUAUUCACUUAUACAUAAUUCUGUCAUUUUAAAGAAACCUUGCUUAAAGCAAGUAGCUUACAAGCAUUUAUAAAUAAAUGAGUUUAUUUUCUGAACUAUGUCAGAGCGGACCGAAGCAAUGUUAGAUAUGUAGGUACCGUCAGAAAAUUUUCACUCCACUGCGAACUACAUAUCAUUUACAAACCAACCCCUGACUGAGGAAGUUGACAGAAUUUUGACUGCCAAUGCAGAUUAAAAAAAAUUUUUUUUUGAGUUUAAGUAAAAUCUUUCAUUGCACAGAUACUUUUCUAAAAAUAUUCUUAUUAUACAGUUUAUUCAAAAACAUUUCGCAUCCGGCAAACGGCAAAUGAUUUUAAUCCAGAACUGCAGGCUGAAGUUCAAAGUACGGGGAAAUUGAAACUGGAAUUAUUGUUGGUGGAUCGGCCUACAUCACUAUGAAAAAUAGGGCAGAAGCCAUUAUAUGUAUGCAAAAGCUCAGACAACUGAAUAUAGAUGGAAAGUUUCUUAUCGUGAACUGGUCCCCGGGAAAGGAAGCGGAAGAAAAGUUCAAAGAGUAUUGGUUUGAGGAAAAAGGGGUUUAUGAUAUUCCAGUUUCGACAUUUAGCUCGUCGUCAGUCCAACCUGAGGUCCGGUCCCAGCGAGGAUGCAUGGCGCAAACUAGCCUUUCCGACCAAGUGCAUUCGCAAGACCAGGAUGGUUACGAACAAGACAAGAGCCAGGACCGUCCGGACGAAAGGCAAAUCCUGAGCCCCCUCGACCACGACAAAGACCUCCCAGAACUAGUCCAGGACCCCCCAGAACAAGUCGAGGAAUUCCCCGAUUCCGACUAUAAUGAUCAAAGCCAGGACCUUUUCAAUCAAGGCCAAGUCCAGGACCAUCGCGAUAAAGGCCAAGUUCAUGAACGGCGGGACCAGGAUCGUGACCAAGACAUGGACCCGAAUGGUUACGAACAAGACCAGAGCCAGGACCAUACGGACGAAAGACAAAUCCUGAGCCUACUCGACCACGACAAAGACCUCCCAGAACAGGUCCAGGACCCCCCAGAACAAGUCGAGGAAUUCCCCGAUUCCGAAUAUAAUGAUCAAAGCCAGGACCUUUUCAAUCAAGGCCAAGUCCAGGACCAUCGCGAUAAAGGCCAAGUUCAGGAACGGCGGGACCAGGAUCGUGACCAAGACAUGGACCCGAAUGGUUACGAACAAGACCAGAGCCAGGACCGUCCGGACGAAAGACAAAUCCUGAGCCCGCUCGACCACGACAAAGACCUCCCAGAACAGGUCCAGGACCCCCCAGAACAAGUCGAGGAAUUCCGCGAUUCCGAUUAUACUGAUCAAAGCCAGUACCUUUUCAACCAAGGCCAAGUCCAGGACCAUCGCGAUAAAGGCCAAGUUCAGGAACGGCUGCAAAUACUUAAAGUUCUGAAGCUUUGGAAGAAGUUUUAUCCCUCCGAGAUAAUGCAACAACUAAGCUUAAUAGGGGGCAACUCUAACUCUUUCGAUCCAGCAUCGAUUAUGCCUCCUGAGCAUGAGGGUUUACCGGAAACUUAUCCUCAACUUUCUGUCAUGAAUGACGUAAAUCUUUAA